AAAAAGUCACUCUUUGAACAAACUCAUCUCGUCCACCAGGAAGAAGGCUCUUUGAAGCUUCGAUAAUCCUUAACUCCUACGAUAUCCUCGCAACAACAAUUAUCGUCAACUCACAAUGCCAACACGUCCUCCACCCCUCAGCACCCCUCACUCAUUACACACCCACCUCCUCUCCUUCCUCACCCUCUCAAUCCACACCAUCCUCCACGCACGCGGUCUCUACCCCAAAAACACCUUCCUCCUAACCCGCGCCUUCAAUUUCCCGUAAGCAUCCCAACUCCCCAUCCAAACCAUCCUCCCUCCCUUCUGACCCAUCCAUUCCAGGGUACCCCAAAACCGACACCCCCAACUCUGCACCUACAUAAACAACUGCAUUACAUCCCUAACCCCGCACCUCCAAUCCGGCACCAUAGAGACAAUUUCCAUAAUAAUCUACACGGACCGACAAACCCCCACCCCCCAGAUCCUCGAACGCUACAUCUUCAACGUCUCUUCCUUCCCGUCCAUCCCCCCAAGUGAACGCUUCACCGAAUUCGAAUUCCGCGGCGUGAAUGAAAAAAAUGAAAUUAGAAAUAUAGAUGUGGAGGAAGAGCUCCGCGCUACAUUGAGGAAAUUAGCUUAUAGCGCGGAGAAUUUGGAGGGGUUGAGGAAUCCGGAGGAUUGUACUUGGAGUCUUGUGAUGGAGUUGAAGGAGGGUGAGACUGGGGAGGGGAAUGCGCCGAUUUCGCAUCCGCAGGUUUGGGAACCUGCCGUGGCGGAGCUGCAGGUUGAGGGGGAAUGGAGGGGGAUGGAAGGAAAUGGAGAAGGGAAGGGAUUUGGAUAGUAAUAGUAAUAAUAUGGGGAAGUGGGGAUGGAGGGAGAAAAGAAAAGGAGAAGAAGAGAAAGUAGAGUGAGAGGUGGAGUCGGCGAUUAGAGCUGUAGAGGUGGGAGAAUUUAUCAUGGAUGCUUGGAUUGAAGAGGGGAAGGCGAAAUUCGAGAUUCAAGAUCAACGUUCUCAAGAGCAAGAGGGGAGUCAUGAUCAUGAACAUGAAAAGGAUGAAUAUGAAUACGAGUAAUAUACAAGGAAGCAGAGAUACCCUUACCUUAACCAAACCACCACCAAGCCCAUCAAAACCACACGAACAAGACGCCUAAACUCCAAAACCCCAAAUUCAACAAUCCAUCCUCCAAAGAGCUCUUCCAGAUCCCAGAAAAAGUACAACAUAAACAUAUUCCAUCCCAUCCAUCCUCACAUCCUCACAUCCACACAAUCAAUACA